AUGCCGAGCAGUAUGAAGUUGGACUGGGGUCGACACCGAUUGGCAAAUCAAAGCGUCAACAUGGCCACAUUCGACAAUUGGCUUUUCAAUGUGGCAAUGUGUGCCAGUAUGGUAACUCCGUAUGAUGUCGGACGAACAACCUCAGCCAAAGCUUCAAAAGAAAGGUUGUUUGUGCACAGUGUUAGCGACAACAAUGAGGAGACUCAACAGCGACAGCAUCAUGGAGAAUCAGAGAAGACUACAUGCCCAAAAUGUGGAGGCACGCACCGACUGUCGGAAUGUGUCGACUUUCGAGCAUUGAACGUUAAACAGCGCUGGGAGUUUGUGAAAUCGAAACGGCUAUGUUUCUGUUGUUUCUGGCGGCAUCUCGUACGAAACUGCGAAGCUAAAGAAACCUGUGGCGUCGAUGGAUGCAAAUCAAUUCACCACGUACUGCUGCAUACCGCCGCAGGCAAUGAUGGCAGAAACAAGCUGACUGGGCAAACAGUGCCUCGAUCUGCCAACAAGGAGGAGUCUUCAAUCAUGUUUCAUGGAAAGACUGCGAGUAGCCCUCUCUUUCGCUAUAUCCCGAUAACGAUCCACGGCAAAUCCAAAUCUGUGAAAACAUUUGCUUUGGCCGAUGAAGGAGCUGCUUGUUCUUUAAUUGAAAGAUCCUUGUCUGACGAGCUCGAGCUAGAAGGACCGGCAACUCAAUUGUGCCUGAAAUGGACAGGUGAUGUUUCUAAGGUUGAAAACAAUUCGCAAUCGUUGGACAUCACUGUAUCAACUACGAGUAUGGAAUCGCAGCGAUACACUCUGAAAAGUGUGCGAACAGUGUCUGAUCUCGACCUACCAGAGCAAAGCCUCGACCAGCAAUUAUUGGAGUCUCGGAGUCACCUCUGUACGUUGCCUAUAGAUCCCUAUUCCAACGUACGAGCACGAAUCAUCAUUGGACUCGACAACAUUAAAUGGACUAUUCCGCUGGAGUUGCAUGAAAGUGAAGACGACGAUGUUAUUGCAGCACGUUGCAGGCUUGGCUGGGCUGUUUACGGCCGCUCAGCAAAGAAAUACUCAUCGAUUCCACGCCUGCUACAUAUUUGCCAAUGUAGUGAGACUGGCAGUUUGGAUGUUGCAUUGAAAGAGUACUUUUCUUUGGAAUCUCUGGGAAUUGUCGCUACGAUCAAUCCAUUACGAUCCAAAGACGAUGAGCGAUCGAUGCAAAUCAUGGAAGCAACGACAACGUUCUUGGCAGACGAGAAAAGGUGGCAAACUGGAUUACUGUGGAGAUUCGACAAAGUGGUCUUGCCUGACUCCUAUGAAAUGUGUCUUAAGCGACUAAAAUGUCUUGAAUCGAAAAUGUCGAAAGAUCCGCAGUUACGCAACUUCAUGCUAACGACGAUGAAAAACUAUAAGGAAAAACGUUACAUCAGACGCCUGGAUGAUAAAGAAGACACGUUUAGUGUGGACGCCGCAGCGAAGAUCCAAGGAGUGUCUCUAAACGACUGCCUGCUAAAAGGUCCUGACACACUUGCAUCAUUGAUGGGCAUUCUAAUACGCUUCAGAGAACGCCCAAUUGCUAUUUCGGGAGACAUACGCGAAAUGUUCCACCAAGUGAGGGUGCGACCAGAGGAUCAGGCAGCUCAGAGAUUCCUCUGGCGAGAUGGAAACUCGCAACGGCCACCGGAGGUAUACGUCAUGCAAGUUAUGACCUUUGGAGCAUCGUGUUCACCUUCCUUGGCGAAUUAUGUUUUGAAACGCAAUGCUCAACGAUAUGAAGCUGAAUAUCCCGAGGCCGUAAAAGCCAUUUGCGGCAACACUUUCGUCGAUGACUGGCUUCAGUCUGUGGACUCAGUAGCUGAGAUGACAAAGCUGGCCCAGGCUGUAAAACUAAUUCAUGCUGGUGGAGGAUUUGACAUGCGACACUGGACAUCCAAUUCUCAAGCAGUGGUCUGUGCUCUUGAGAAUAGAUAUGACAUGUUGGACAAGCCAAUUUGUUACCCAGAUGUUGGUCCGAAAAGGUUCUGGGCAUGUGGUGGCAACCUGGAGAAGAUUGUCUAA